AUGGCCGAUCAGGGUGCCGCCUUCCUCGACAGCGUCGCAUCCGACCUCCCGCCCUCUUCGCGCCACGGCGGUGACGACGGCCACCACCGCUCGUCCCGCCACGACGACCGCGACCGCCGCGACAGGGACCACCACCGGCGCUCCCGCUCGCCCGACGGCGGCCGCUCCUCGUCUCGCCGCGACAGGGACCGCGAGUUCGAGCGCGAGAGGGACUACGACCGGGACAGGCGGAGGAGUCACCGCGAUCGCGACAGGGACUACCACGAGCGAGAUUACGACCGCGACAGGCGCGGCGGCGGAGACAGGCGCGGCGGAGGACGCUACGAUGACGGCUUUGACCGUCGUGGACCGCCGCCUCGAGGUGGAGACUACUACGACGACAGGCGCCGCGGGCCUCCUCCUCGCCGUGGUUACUCGCCGCCUCCGCCCGGUGGUGGACGUCGCCGUGGAAGGGGCGGACCGACGUUCGAAGGAUUCGGAGCCUACGACGAGCGCGGGAACAGGGGCAGGAGUCCGACACCUGAAGACACGAUCCCCAUUUCGAAGCGCAAGAGGCAGUUCACGGCGUGGGAUGUCAAGGCGCCUGGCUUCGAGAGCUACACGACAACUCAGGCCAAGAUGACCGGCAUGUUCAACCUCCCCGGCCACACCAAGCCGUACCUUCCUCCCGGCGUCGAAGGCGGCGACAACCCUCCUCUCUUCUACCGCCCUCCCGUCUUCGGCGCCGUCGGGCCCGGCGCGCCCAUCGGCUCGCAAGCGCGCCAGUCGCGCCGCCUGUACGUCGGCAACGUCGGCAUGGAGGCGACCGAGGAGAGCGUCAGGGACUUCUUCAAUUCGAAGAUGGCCGAGAGCGGGCUCUUGAGCGACGGACACCUCGGCGAGGAUCUCCAGGGUCUCGGAUUGAAGGGCGACAAGCCAGUCAUCUCGGUCCACCUCAGCUACGAGAAGAACUAUGCUUUCGUCGAGUUCCGCAACGCUGAAGAGGCGACCAACGCGCUCGGUCUCGAUGGCAUCGUCUACCUCAACACGGCUCUCAAGGUCCGCCGCCCGAAGGACUACCUCGGCGGCGACCCGAAUGAGAUCGCACCGCAUGUUCCCGGUGUCGUCUCGACCAACGUGCCCGACACGGUCAACAAGAUCUUCAUCGGUGGUCUUCCGUCGUACCUUACGGAUGACCAGGUCAUGGAGCUGCUGAAGAGCUUUGGAGAGUUGCGCGCGUUCAACCUGGUCAAGGAGGGCGGAACGGGUGCAAGCAAGGGCUUCGCAUUCUGCGAGUACGUCGACCCGGCCGUCACCGACAUCGCCUGCCAAGGCCUCAACGGCAUGGAACUUGGCGACCGCUACCUCGUCGUCCAGCGUGCUGCCAUCGGUGCUAACCCGGCGAAGCACGGCCCGCCAGGCAGCGGCAUCGGCUUCCCCGACAUGCCGCCCGGCGCCAUCCCCGGCCUCAACCAGCCUCCCGCCUCGAUCCUCGCAGCCGGCGAGGGCGGCGAGGGCCAGCCGACGCGCGUCUUGCAGGUCCUCAACAUGGUCAGCGUGGACGAGCUCGCAAAUGACCAGGACUACGAGGAGAUUGUCGAGGACAUCAAGGAGGAGUGCGGCAAGUACGGCACGGUCGAGGACGUCAAGAUUCCUCGGCCGAUCAAGACUGCGACGGGCAAGGUCGACGUCAAGGCGUCCGAGUCGGUCAAGGAUCUCGGGAAGGUGCUGGUCCUGUUCGAGAAGGAGGAGCAGACGACCGAGGCGCUGCGGGCCAUCGCCGGCAGGCAGUUCGGAGGCCGUCUCUGCAUUUGCGCGUAUGCCCCGCUGGAAGCUGUCCUCGAGUAA